AUGGCCCCGGGGAUCAUCGAGCUGCACCAGCUCCUCAUCCAACUCUCGCGCCGGUAUCUCACCUUCUCGCUGCCCCAGAACCAGGUCGCCGCCGCCGCCACCUUCAGCACUGCCCUCUAUGUCCUGCAGCGGCUGCCUUCGUCGCCGGCCGUGGCUUUCUGCGCCAGACAUCUGUCCAGGGCGCUGGCCGUCAUUGUUCUCGUCAAAGCCUAUCUCUGCUCCUGGGACGUGGUCCUGAAUGCGGGCGGCUCGCUGGACCAAGUCUUUCGCUUUCCUCUCGACCAUCCGCUGGACUCUGCUCAUCCGGCCCGCACGCUUCCGUCCUGGAUCGGCCAGCAGGCCAUCGAGUAUUUUGCAGUCGUCAUCCUGUACCAAAUUGCCGCUCAACUGCACGUCAUUGGUCGAAAUGCCCUGCGUCCUGAAAACCUGGCCUUCUCUGCCCUUCGCAAGAGCAUCACCGUGCUGUUCUGGGCGACGUUCCUGCCGAGUGCCAAGCCCAACCACCUCCCUGCGAUCCUGCUGCUGCAAUUCGCCAACACCAGCACCGGCAGCCUGUUCUAUCUGCUCCAGCCGCUGGGCCGCUACCCCGAGCGCUUUGUCCGGCUCCUCAACUGGGCUGCUCAACUUGCCCGCUUUGCGCAUAUGCUAUGGUCCCUGUCGCCGUGGGGCCCCGAGUGGUACCCGCCGAGCCUUUGCCUGCUGUCCAUCUUUUCCAUCGGCAGCGCCAUCAUGCAUCUCGUCCUCUUCCUCGGGUUCCUCUUUGGCGUCCUGACUCAUCAAGGCCAAGUGCCCGAGAACCUGCAGGGGCUUGUUGCCCCGCCCCAGGCGGUGCUCACGGGCAUUCCCGAGCUCAGACGCAAGACCCUCGACGCCGAUGAAGAGGACGGCCUCUACAACGAGUUCCUCUCCGGCGACGGAUUUGGCGACCACGGCGAUCUCAGCGACGAUCUCUGGGAAGAAAGCGAUGGCGUCAAUGACAACGAAGACCCAGACGAUACCGACGACAGCGAAGACAGCGAUGCUGACGAGGGACGCGAUGGUCAUGCCAUCAGCGACGACGAGGACUUUGACGCCCACGACAUCGGAGAACAGAAUGAUAUGAAUACCGCGCUGCUCGCCCAUCGUGUACGCAACCACAGCAGGACAACCGAUUCAGGUCUGGGCAGCGUUCAUCAGUGGUUCCGGUCCUCGCAGCUGGAGCGCAGGUCUGACUUGCCUCACACCUCCAAUUCGUGGUGGCCAGCGCCGCCCGCUGUCGAUACCGAUCUUGAGUCUGAUGAAGUCAAUGCCCUCAUUACCGAGGCCUUCAGUCCGCUGGAUCUGGCAUCUCCCGCUUCUGAUACCCAACAUGAGGCGCCAUCGUCAAGGAGCAGCAGCAGCAUUACCGCGGCCACCGACGAAGCCCUGCAGCUGGCACCCAUCAACGAAAGCUACAUCUGCCCGGACCGAACUUACACUCGAGGCUUGCGUCGUCUCGUGCAGAAAUCGCGUCUGGCUCUGCCAGCAGCCCCGAGCCGUCCCCUCAUCCAGGGAUCUGUUGUGCCGCCCGAUCCUGCAUCCUCGUCUUCGUCCAACAGCCUCGAGGUGUUUGUGGCCGCACUCAACAACCUGCAGUACCUCAACCCCAUGGUUGACGAUGUCAUUCUGACUCGCAAGCUCCGGAGCCGCGCCGUGAACGAGUGGAACUGGAACUGCAUCAUCUGCCGUGACCGUAUGCGGACGGUGAUUCUGCUACCAUGCAACCACCUGUGCAUUUGCGAAGACUGCCGUGCUGACAUGGCUCAGCGCGGUCUAUACCGCUGCCCGCUCGAUAAUCGAAAGAUCGAAGGCACAAUGAAGAUAUUUUGGUCGUGA